CGUCCGCGAGCGCACACGGCGCAGAGGAGAGUACAGCGCGCGAGUCUCUGGAAGGAGAUAACGGUUUCUUUUUGCCCCCUCUCCACUCAGACCACCAGAGCCGACCAAACCUGCAUUCAGGGUUUUUUUUUUUUUUUUUUUUUUUACACUGUCUUCUGCUCUCACGGAGGAGGGAAGCGAGGGAUUGGAGCCGCAAGUUUUUUUUUCCUUUUUUUUCUCUUCUUCUUUUAAAGAAAAAGAGGAUUCUGUGUUUCGGUGGUUUGUUCUCCGCUCUCGCCGCAAAGAUGAUGGUCGGAGAGGUCGAAGUGAAGGAGCGACCGAGGCCGAGUCCCGACUAUUUGAUGCAAUUAUUAAACGAGAAGAAGCUCAUGACCAGUUUGCCAAACCUCUGCGGCAUCUUCACACACCUAGAGAGGCUUCUGGAUGAAGAGAUCAACAGAGUGCGCAAAGACAUGUACAGUGACACAGUGAAUGGCCUUGUGGACAGACACCCGCUGGAGCUGCCUGAACCACUCGGACCCAUCGUUCACCUGCAGGAAAAACUGUUUGUGCCUGUCAAAGAGUAUCCAGAUUAUAACUUUGUGGGGAGAAUCCUGGGCCCCCGGGGACUCACAGCCAAACAGUUGGAAGCAGAGACGGGAUGCAAAAUCAUGGUGCGAGGCAAAAGCUCCAUGAGAGACAAAAAGAAGGAGGAGCAGAACAGAGGGAAACCGAACUGGGAACACCUAAAUGAAGACCUUCAUGUCCUGAUCACAGUGGAAGACACGCAGGCCAGAGCUGAGAUCAAGAUGAGGAGAGCAGUGGAGGAGGUCAAGAAGCUCCUCGUACCUGCUGCGGAGGGAGAAGACAAUUUAAAGAAGAUGCAGCUGAUGGAGCUCGCAAUUCUCAACGGGACGUACAGAGACAACAACGUCAAAACACCCACCCUUGCGUUCUCUCUUGCAGCGGCGGCAGCAGCCGCUCAGGGCCCCCGCCUCAUAGCGGCCCCCACAGGUCAGGUGUUGCCUCCCCCGGCACUCCGGCCCCCGACACCAGCAGGGGCCCCCAUCAUGAACCUCAUCCGGCCCACUCAGAUGGCUGCCAUGCUGCCCAAUGGCACCCCCACCCUGGUGCCUCCCACACCGGAUGGCGGGCUUAUCUACACCACCCCUUACGAGUACCCUUACGCCUUGGCACCCACCUCCCUGCUGGAGUACCCCAUCGAGCACAGUGGGGUUCUAGGUAAGAGAGCCUGGGGGAGCAUGGGUGCAGCAGGUACAGCGGCCAACUUUAGCCAGCCCGGACAGGAGGGCAGCUUGUUUUACCCCGGAGCCGGGGUGCUGGACGCGGCUUCCCUGAGCCACAGUCAGGACUUGUUGAAAGGUGCAAUGGCUACUAAAGUGAGACGGCAUGACACGCGGGUCCAUCCUUACCAAAGGAUUGUGACCGCUGACAGAGCCGCCACCGGCAACUAACACAUGACCUUCUGACCUCUGAACUCUUCACCCAAUGACGAGCCGCCCCAAGCCUGCCUGCUGAUCAGUUAACUGGUAAUUGCCUUUUGCUAGCCUCUCGGACGCAAGUGAGAGAGAAAGAGAGAGAGAGAGAGAGAGGCGCCUGCCCGUACAGUUACCCUAACACGUUCUGACAUUAAAAAAAAAAAAAAAGACAAAAAAGAAAUAGAAACCAAGGAGAAUCUUCACAGAAACACAACGAAAACCCAACCAAGUUGUGUAUUAUUCAUUUAUAUUUUUUUUUCCCCUCUGUUCAUUGAGUUCAAUUCCCAUUCUUUCUCUUUCUUUUUCUUCAUGAAUCAUACACUGGGUGGACGUGAUUGUGGUAUUAGUCACGAAUCUGCACUGAAUUUUAAAGCAAUAAAGACCCCGACCCCGCCCGCCCGCCCGCCCCCCACCCACCCCUCCAAUUGCUCUGAUUUGGUGACCUCACCCGUUUGAUUCAAAGUUUGUCAUCUCAUUUGACGCGAACCACUCGGUUUCAGAGCGAUGACUUGAUCCUCCCCCCCAAAAAGCCCCCUCCACCCUUUCCCAAAACAGAAAAAAAAGAGAAAAAAAGAAAAACAGAACUGUCCUUUUCGUCCCGGUGAGCAGCGACCCGCUCGCCGUCCACCCCGACACCCACCUGCUGUCAGAGAAAAAGAAACAGAAGGAACGAGAACACACGCUCACAUUAACUUGUUUAAUUUCUGUCAUUUUCCACAUGUAGUUCAGUUGUUGAGCUCUAAAAUGUAAUUAUGAGCUGACACAUUCUGGGUGUGCCCCUCUAAACAGCUUCCUGUCUGUUUUAUUGUUUUCUUUUGUUUUUGUUUUUUUUAAGCAUGGCUGAAAUGAUUGCAAAAAGCUUUUUUCAUGAUUUAUGUGUUGUUUUUUUUCUCCUGUCUUUUUUUAAUUGCUUUUCUUUUGAGUCAUUUUUUUUUCUCCACUUGAUUUUUUUUUUUUUUUCUGUUCAUAUGUGACUAAUUAGCUCUGCUAAAAUAGAUUUAGCUAAAAUAAAACAGGUAAUGAUCUCUGGAAAACAAACAAAACACAAAAAACUAAUGUUGGAAGCAGGCCACAGAAACUAAGGAAGUCUGACGAAGGGCAAGACGGGAAGGUCACUAUUUGGGCUGAUGGGUCUGUGUGAGUGUGUGUGUGUGUGUGUGUGAGCGUGCGCGUGUGUGUGUGUUUUUUAAUAAAUACUACAAUGAAAGUAGGGUGUGCUGAGGCUUCGGGGGCAUCGGAUCAGUGCGUAAAGCCGCGGUCCUCUGCUACGCCCCCAUCCACACUACAUCCACGAUACAGUGCCUGAUGUAUUUAGAAAAGAAAAAAAAAUAUCUCAAUGAGUUUAGCUGAGCUGUGAUCACAAAGACUAAAAAAAAAAAAAAAUAGAAAUAAAAAAAAGUAUUAAGUGUGCAUAUUUAGCCAAAGGGUUUUUAAGUGAAUUAUAUAUAUCUGCAAUUAUGCAUCUGUCUCACAGAGGGCUCUCUUUGUGAUUCUGGAGUUUGGAAGGGUGUGAGUUUUUGGUGCCUGCCUUCGGCUGAGACAGACAGCCUCUCAGUUAGAUGAUUUUUGACCCAUUAGCGCUCAGUGUUUUUUUUUUUUUUCCCCCAGAAGUGAACAUAGGCAAUUAACACUAAAUCAACACGCUACUCGAUUACAGCGCAUCGCUAGGGGGAAGGGCACUUUGAAGUUUUUGUACAUAAUUGCUUUUUGUCAUCAUACCCAGCUUCAGUUGUUUUUAUCAGCCGCAUUGCCAAACAAUUUACUUCCUCAUUUUAUUCAUCUCAUUAUUCGGCCAAAUUUGUUUCCAUUUUUCUUUAAAUGUGCUUUUUUUUUUUUUUUUUUUUUUUUUGUGUUCGUUUUUUGUCUUUUCUUUUUAACCCUAUUAACAUUUUUACCACCAGUUGGGACGCGCGGUCGGCACGUUUGAAGCCUGCCCGCGUGCUAGAAACGUCAAGUUUUAAAUCAGAUUUUUUUUUUUAAGGUGAAACUUUUAACACUCUUCCCCAAAAAAAGAAAGAAGAAAAAGCGCAUCCACAAUGUGUCAAACCUCCCUGUGAUCGCAGCCGAGCCUCUGAGCCCACAAAUCUUUUGUUCAACUCUCUCAAGAAAAAAUAGGAUGUGAAAGCCAUGCCUGCCUGUUCAAAUUGCUUUAUACAUACGUCUUAUAUAUAUAUAUAUAUAUCUAUAUAUAUAUAUAAAAAAUGUGUGUAUAUAUAUAUAAAUAUAUAAAAAUGUAGAUAUCUGUCAUUGCAUAUACGAAUACAGAAGAGAACAAAAAAAAUAGAUAAUUUUACAGGGUGCUGGAGAUGAGAAAAACAUUGAAAAAUCUAUUUUUGGCAAUUUUAGCUUUUGAUACUUUACUUGCAGUUACAAAAUCAGAAAGAAAAAAAAACUAAACAAAAAAAAAAGUUUAAAACCGUAAAGGAGAAAAUAGAAGAACCGAGUGGGUUGAAGGAAGGAGGAAAAACAAAAAAAAAAAAAAAAAAAAAAAGUGCUGUUACUGCUUGAAUAUGAUUGGGAAGGAAGACGAAGACCAAAACAGUCGUAACCCCUGGGAACGUUAGCGAAGAUCAGACCCGAGACGGCGGCGCCGCGGCGGCCUCCAAGGAUGGAAUCAAAGUGCCUUAUCAACAGUGGUUUCUGUUUUCCAGUAUUCCAGUUGUGUUCAAUAAUAUCCAGCACCCACUUAAGAUGGCGCAGAGAGGAACGGCUCGCGUUGCUCGCUCCGGACAGAGGAGCAGGGUAGCCGCCACGCACCGUGGCGUUACCGAAGUUAUUCUAUGCAAAAAGAAUAGCAGUCGUUUUUUGACCAGCUAAAAAUAUGUGCCAUGGUUUUGUCUUCCUGAGAUGAUUUUUAUUUUCUUCUUUUCCUUGACUUGAUGGCCCUUUACUCUGCUGUAUGAGCAGCCUCUGUUGUCCUUUUCAUUUAAAGAUCAUAUGAAAUAUUGUCUUUUCUUUUUUUUUUUUUUUUGUGACUGUGAUGAACUUCCUAGAACAAAUCUGAACUUUGAACUGCCAUAGCAGCCGGUAGGUCUGCCUCGAUCAUGAGCUGAGAAAAAAAAAAAAACAUGACAGUAGAAGAGGAUGAAUAGAAAAAGAAAAAAAAAAAAGCAGUGGGCUCGUCCCCUUCGGUGCCAGUUUGUUUCAACAGCUGCGAAGCCAAAGCGUCCAGUGGACGCCGACCCGGCGGCUCGGCCAUCGAUACAGUCAACCAGAUUUAUGACGGACGGAGCGGGUCGCUCCCGUCUCGCAGCCAGGAGCUUCUCAGCUAUUGAAACAACUGACACUUUAUUGCCAGAAGGUGAAAUAGACUCAUAAUAUUAAAUUGAGGAAGUCGUAGAUCCGAUAUAACCCUUGGCAGUAUGUUUUUUUUUUUUGGUUUGUUUUUGUUUUUUUUUUUUCUACUCAUAGCUCUUUCAUCACGCUGUUACACCGAAAGGUCAAUGAAUUUAUUCUUUAUUCUUUUUCCUUUUUUUUUUUCAGUGUUAUUGUUUUAAAUUGAAAUGCAAUAUUAAAGUGGAGCAAGAGAUGGCUAUUCAGCAUUUGACAGUAUUAAGAGAAAAACAAAAUGUCCCUCUGCAAUGUUACAACUUGCUGUGUCAUUUGGAAAGGCUGGAUAAGUCCAUCAGGUGAAAGGUCGACUCUUUACCUACCGUAUUCUCUGGCCUGCCUACUACAUGUAUGAUAAUGUAAUUAACAGCCAUUGUUACAGGUUUAUAAUGUAUUUUUCUAAUCUCAUUUUAUAUGUAUAUUAAUCAUGUUUGAGUGCUUUUUUUCCCCCCCCGUUUUUUGUUUUUUAAAUGCCCCCCCUGCUCCCCCCUUCUCUUUAAACGGCCCUCUCUUCCUCCCCCCGUCUCUUUUACUCCUUGAAAACUGUCUCUUGUGGGGAGUGUUGCCUUUUUUCCCCCCCCCUCCUGUUAUAUUUUGUUUUUCUUGCCAAUUCCCAGCUUGUUUAACUCAUUAGCUACUUUAUUAGUUUUCUUGUCAUAAGUAUUUUUACAUGCUUGCAUUUAGUUUUCAUGGUGUAUGCUGUUAUUUUUCUUAUUAACCUCUUGGCAUUUAUUUUAAUAAAACAUUCUUAGUAAGAAUUUUACUAACUUGCUGAUAUUUUUGUCUUGUGUUUUUAACCAGUUUCAUGAAUGUAUUACCUUGGUCUGGUUCACGGACUAACACAAUUAAAACCAGUGUCUGGCCACCACUUCCCACUACAUACACACACACACACACAAACACGUGGAGCUACAACACACACACCACCUAACUGGAAAGUGCACGAGUUGAUAAGCGCCCCCCCCCCCUCCUCACUCCCGCUCACGCCCCCGCUCACCUCUGCUGGAGAAACCCGCUCACACUCUUCAUACCUGCCCUCCUCCGCUCAGCCCCGGCGCUGCUGCUGUGUCCCGCCGUCUCUCUCCGAGGCCACGCUGUCCUUAGGUGUCUCCUGUCCUUCUGUGUCACUGACCCCACGGCGAGAGGGCAGGAGGGGGGGGGGGUAACUGUGCACGCUGCUUGAGGGAACCGGUUAACUCCUCGGUGAGCUCUUCUCUCCUCAACCGAACGCAAAGUGGACGCACUCUCUGCGAGGACAGAGCCGUUUGUUUUCUCCCGUCUCCUCAGGAUUUCCUGUCAGAACUGGAACCGUCUCCUCUGUCCUUGCAGAGUUUGCCUCCACCUCUAUUUUAUAAUAUACAGUUCUGCACAAAGUUUCCCGAAAGAAAUGGUCCUGUUCCAUCAUGUCAGAGUGCUGACUAACUCGAGAUGAAGACGAAACAUGAAGCAAAUAUUCAUUCAAAAAAAAAAAAAAAAAAAAAAAAUCACCAUGUGCCGUUUUUAGAGUCCUGAUCUCAACAUAGCAGAGUCUGUUUAUGAGACUGAAGAGUGAAGAAAAAAACUGCUUCAGAAAAAUUCCUUCACAAUCUGCAAGUGUACUGACAAGAUCUGUUUUGUUUUUGUUUUUUGGAGUGGUAGUAAAUGCUGAUGUCUCCUCAUUCACAUGAUGGAAAUCAAUUAUUUACGCCUCUAUUUCUGAGUGCUCUGCUGCGUUUUGUCGCCCUCGAAUAAAAUGUUUGUGCAGUACUGUAUGUAAAAAGAAAAAAAAAGAAAAAGGGAAGGGAAAAAAAAAUAGAAGCAUCCUAAUCCCUAAAGCUAAAACUCCCAUUUUCCACAGCCAUCCUUUCUCUGACUAUUACUUAGUGCAGGACUAAUCACAAUCUGUGCAGAAAUACUGCGUAUUAGUCAUCUCAAAGGGAUUAAUUUUACUGUGAAUAUGUAGAGCAGAACAUCUCAUCACCACACAUCGUAGAUGUGCUGAGUUAUUUACAACAGACACUCGGGGCAAAUUCAUAAGAUGACAGUUACAUGAAUGUCGAAAGCUCUUUUUCUUCUUUUUUUUUUUUUAAAUUUGGUCUGGUUGUGCCUGGAUAGCAGCAUUACAGUUAUCAGCAGCUGCUCGGUGAAAGUUUCUCCCCUCGGUCGGCUUUCUGAUAGAACAGCUAAUGCUGGGGCCGUUUGGGAGCGUCUAUAAUGCUUAGACACACACACACACACACACACACACACACCAGCACGCCAUGCCAAAACCAAGUACUUUGGGAUCAAAACAACCUUCCUGUUUCUUCCAGUGUAAAACGCUGAUACGGCUCCCAGCGAGCUGCUCUGUAUUGUUUCUGUCCUGUGUGUGUGUGUGUGUGUGAGAGAGAGAAACACUGCCAGUGUGUGUGUGUGUGUGUGUGUGUGUGUGUUGUUCUUCCUGCUGCUGUGACCGUGCACUCGUCCCCGGGUUCAUUCGGCUUUUUUUUCUUCCUCCUCCACUAAUUCGAGGUAUUGACACGAGCGGAAGAUUAACUUCAUUAAUCCUGAUUAUGACUGUAACCCACCGAGUGGUGCCUCCACACAUCUUCUUUUAUUUUUUUACCUCUAAAAACAAAACAAAUUUAAAAAAAAAAAAAAAAAAAAAACACCAGCUGGGCCUUAACUGUUGCAGCGCUCUUCGUGUCUCGGCACAGUCGGGAUUAAAAGUGUCUAACAUCAAACUUCACAUCUCUCCGCUGUCUCAAAUUAACAUUUUUGUGUCUUUGAUGUGAGAAACGGGUGUUUUCGCCUCUUUAACACCUGCUCACCCAGCAAGUCGAGGCAGAGAUUGGAUUACACGCAUUUUUUUUUAAAUACUUGCAUACACAUGUCAAGCAUAAGCUUUUUUUUUUAUUAUUAUUUAUGAAUUGGCUUUUGAUGUUUUUGAUUGGCUCCUCUGUGCUUAAAAAAUAUAUAU